UUUUUUAAUUAAAAAAGAUGAUUUUUUGUAAACUUUUUUGAAUAUUUUAAAUUUAAAAAAAAUCAAUAAAAUAAAUUUUUCUAAAAUGUGGUUUUUUCUAUUGCUCACCUGGCUGGGCAUCAUUGUUUUACUCUUAUUCUUUAUUCUAUCUUUGGCUACUGGACUAUAUUAUCUAGCCGAAUUGAUUGAAGAAUAUACGACUGUUUCAUGCAAAAUUAUACGGCAAUUAAAUUUGUUCAUAAUUGCCAUUUAUGUUGGCCUGUUUCUGUUCGAAAAUCUUCCCAAUUAUUUGAUCAUUUGUGGUCUUCUAAGUCAUCUAAAUAAUAUGAUUAUAUUGAAAACGUUUCCAUUUUUUCAGCUUUCAUCACCUUCGUUUUUAUUUUUCAUUGCAAUGUUUAUCAUCAAUCAUUAUCUUGCAUUUACCUAUUUUGCUCAAGUCAAUUUUUACUUUGUUCAAGUGUUGUCUUAUUUUACCAUUUGUCUUUGGAUUAUACCAUUUGCCUUUUUUGUUUCAUUAUCGGCGAAUGAUAAUGUUUUACCCACAUCGAUUGAAAACAGAAAUUCUGAUGAUCAUGAUUUAAUAUCACAUUAUUUUUCAAGAAAAGGAACACGACCAGGAUUAUUAUCAUUUUUCAACUAUGCCAAAGAAUCCAUUCUACCACAACAGGUUAAAAAAUCCUAUUAGUCCCAUCGAGAUUUUCUUGAACGAAUC